UGAGACAAGGUUCCCAGUAAUUGCUUUACAAGAACAUCUCUUCAUUUUGCAAUGCGUUCCCGAUGCGAAUACAUCGAGCAAUAGGCGCCGUCGGAUAUUUAGAGCAAUGAUGGGACCGCGUCGUUCUCUCUGCAGUGUACUGGAACUGAUAAACGUUCGGCUAUUUAAUACUAACGAUGGGAGAGUAACAAUAAAAAGCCCAAUAACUGUACAAUAAUGACGCAAAUAAUUAUUAUCGGGUCAUGACAGUUGCAAGCUCCGAGCCUUCACUGAACUGUAAUCCUUACUUGUAGUGGCGACAUUGCCUUUUUUUUAUCGAUGCGACAGCUGGGAGAGGCAAAGAUUGGUCCAAGAUUUAUAAGGACCACUUUCCACAAAGGGGCCACAAGAGGUGUCAGGAAGCGGCUUGGCGCUGCAAGUCACUAGGUGCUCCAAGGCCCUGGUAACAGCAUCUCAAGCUUAGCGGAAACCUAUGGACCGCCAGCUCGGUGGGAGGCUCUCGGAGUGUUUAAGGAGGCGCCUGUGAAUGGAUGUGAGCUGAUGCAUGAGCUCAACUCGAAGGCUGUGAUCGCCGGAGCGGGUUCAGGUCCACUUUAGGAGCUAAAGAUCCAUUCUCCAGACGGCGCUUCACCUGCACCUAGUCUUCGCUCUUACGUUCCGGUGAGACCUCUCUGACACCACUGACAGCGCUUAUGAAAGAAACAAGCAGGAGAAGGAAGUUACACCCAACGAAAAGUAGCCACUUGUAGAAUCGCCGCAAGGAGCAAAUCCCGGAAGCUGAAAGAAGCAAAGAAAAAGUGAAGCUUGAGCGUGCAGAAACCGAAUUCUUGUCGUUGGUCCAAGCGGACAGGAAGCUGGUCGUUAUUAUUUCGCCGCUGAUCAUUCAUGCGGUUGCAGAGCCCGGCCAGCAGAGCGAUGGAUGGAAGUUUGUACCCGUUUGGGAGCUUGGCCAGGAGUUCGGGAAGCGCCCCUUCCAGGGUCCACAGCAUAGACGCAAUCUUGGGAUUUACCAAAGAAGAUUCCGUCCUCCAUUCGCCCUUCACUUCCCACAGAAACUCCAGGAAUGUGGAGGAAGCGGGAAAAAGCAACGGCCGGGAUUGUUUCAACCGAAUGUCAAACCUAAAGCAUAACCAGGAGAACUCUGAGACUUUGGAUGAUCAUUUCUGCACGAACAGCAGUGGCGAAGGUCUCCAGCCUCCGGAUAUUGUCAAAAGCAAGCAACAGGAGAAUAGUGUGAUAAACGCGGACCAACCCAAGAAGAAACACCGGAGGAACCGAACAACAUUCACCACAUACCAACUUCAUGAGCUUGAGAGGGCCUUUGAGAAAUCCCAUUAUCCAGAUGUCUACAGCAGAGAGGAGCUGGCCAUGAAAGUCGACCUACCUGAGGUUCGGGUACAGGUAUGGUUUCAAAACAGAAGAGCCAAAUGGAGGAGGCAAGAGAAAUUGGAAGCCAGUGUAAUGAAACGUCAAGAUUCGCCCAUGCUUUCCUUCAACAGAUCAUCACAAACUUCUACCAUGAGCACUCUGAACGGUAACUUGGCACUUGACCCUUGGCUCACUUCACCAAUAUCCAGCUCAUCCACAUUACAAAGCCUUCCAGGUUUCAUGACCACGACACAAGGCCUGCAGAGCAGUUAUACGCCUCCACCUUUCUUGAAUUCCUCAGCCAUGAGCCACAGCCUGCAAAGUAUGGGUGCAAUCACUCCCUCAACCUUCCAAUGUGGGACGCCUUAUGUGGACAAAUUUCCUUUGGAAGAUGCAGAACAAAGAAACUCCAGUAUAGCUUCCCUAAGAAUGAAAGCCAAAGAACACAUCCAAUUCAUUGGGAAAAGUUGGCAGACAAUCUGAGCAAUUUGGUGGAGAUUAUAAAAUGAAAAUUCUAUUAAAAUUCCUUUAAUUGUUAAAAAUACUGAUAAAAAGUUUGAAAUUGGGCUGUAGAAGGGUCGCAUUAAAUGUCAGAGCAUCAGAAAAUCUCAGAACUAUUCUGAAGAAGUUACCUUUAAACAUGUCUUUUUUUGUGCAUUUGUUGACAGUGUAUUUGAUAUAGCUGCAAUAAAUUUGUUGUGUAGGGUGUGUAGUUUCUUAAAUUAAUACUAAAUGAGCCAUAUUUAGUGCUUUAUACAUUUUUAACAUUUGCAAGGUUUUAAGAUAAUAGUCUGUUUGAAGAAAAUUUUGCAUUUGAUCAGUGAGAUGAUUCAUAUCUGACCAAAGUAACAUGAUUGUGUUCA